UCAGCGGGUCCUCAACGUGAUCUGGGGGCGAAGGGGACUCUGGUCAGGACGCGGCUCAGCUGGCGCGUCUCCAGGGAAGCGGCACUGUCCGCACGGGGCGCGCACAGCUGCGGGGCCGAGAUGCCCAGGCUCGAGCGAGGGACGCCGCUCAGCCGGAGAGAGCCCUGCGGCGUGAGGCAAGGGAUGGGCAGCAGCUCGCUGUCCGAAGACUACCGCCUGUGCCUGGAACGUGAGCUGCGGCGCGGCCGCGCGGGAGUGUGCGGGGACCCCUCGCUGCGCGCCGUGCUCUGGCAGAUCCUGGUGGAGGACUUCGACCUGCACGGGGCGCUGCAAGACGACGCGCUGGCGCUGCUCACUGACGGGCUAUGGGGCCGCGCCGACCUGGCACCCGCGCUGCGCGGCCUGGCCCGCGCCUUCGAGCUCCUGGAGCUGGCCGCCGUGCACCUGUACCUGCUGCCCUGGAGGAAGGAGUUCACCACCAUCAAGACCUUCUCUGGGGGCUAUGUGCACGUGCUUAAGGGCGUGCUCUCUGAGGACCUCCUCAUCAAGAGCUUCCAGAAGAUGGGCUAUGUGCGCAGGGACAGCCACUGUCUCAUGGUGACCGCCCCACCCCCGGCCUGCCAGCUGGUGCAAGUGGCCCUGGGUUGCUUCGCCCUCCGGCUGGAGUGUGAGAUCCUGGGAGAGGUGCUGUCCCAGCUGGGCACCAGUAUGCUGCCAGCUGAGGAGCUGCUGCAGGCACGCCGGGCCAAUGGGGAUGUGGCCUCCUGUGUGGCCUGGCUGCAGCAGCGACUGGCCCAAAAUACAGAGCCACCACCCUUGCCCCCUAGAGGUGCCCCUGCUACUUAUAGGGCACCACUGGACUUGUACCGGGACCUGCAGGAAGACGAGGGCUCAGAGGAGGCCAGCCUGUACGGGGAGCCAUCUCCGGGCCCAGACUCACCCCCAGGGGAGCUGGCCUACAGGCCCCCACUCUGGGAGCAGAGUGCCAAACUGUGGGGCUCUGGGGGCCAGGGCUGGGAGCCCUCAGCUGAGGAGCUAUCUCAGGCCAGCAGCCCACCCUACGGGGCCUCAGAGGAAGAGCUGGAGCCCGAGCCCUCAGCCUUCUCCUUCCUUUCUCUGCGCCGUGAGCUGAGUCGGCCUGGAGACCUGGCCAUUCCUGAAGCCCCUAGGAGCCCUGGGGGCGCUAGCCCCAGCUGCAUGCAGCCCAUUGUGCGGCCCUGCCCACCUGCCGCCCCAGUCACUCACUGCGUGUGCUGCUUGGGGAGACCCGACGGCGCCUGUGGCUACAGCGUGCACAGAUGGACACUUUGCUCUACGACAGCCCUGGGGCCAGGCCCUAGGCCCAGCAGGGCCCCAGGUCAGGGGCCUUACUUCCCAUGGUGCUUCUCUUUGGGGGGUCUCAGGCCAAUGGCUACCCUGCCAUGGGGGAGUCCUGGGCACAACAGGAGAGGUUUAGAUAGUCCAGGACCCACUUGGGGGACAGACUGCCUUGCUUUACACUGAAAGUACUUCCCACAGGGACCAAGCCUAGACCCCAGCAGUAGCCUUCCCACAGGCUCCUGUCCUCAGUAUCAGGCCCACAGCCAGCUAUGUGUCCAAGUCACAGUGAUAAAACCUGUCCCUGAGGAGGACCCCUGACUGGCCUGCACUCCUGCUCUGUGAGGUCUUUAGUUCAGAACAUGCAGCCUCCCUCCACAUGUCCAGGGCAUUCUCCAAACAGGGCCCUGAAGGUGACACUGGGACCCCUGAGUCCCUGGGGCCAGUCAGGGGCUCUGCCUGGUGCACAGACCUGGCUGUGGUAUCCCUGGCCUUCCCCUUGGUGUCACAGGCCUGCCCGGAAUGCCUCAGCCACAGCCUGCAGGCCAGGGGAACAGGGGAAACUGGGUCCACAGACUGAACGUGAUGUGACCUCAAACCAGACAUGGAGGUGCCUAAGAUCUGCAGGUGGACAAGGGUUCUCACCAACAUCAUCCCAGCUUCCCAGGUGCAGACUGCUGGGCUCAAGGGAGGCCUGGAGGUGAACCUGCUGGAGGGGUCUGCCACCUCUGGCUGGUGCUCUCAC